AUGCCCUACGAUGUAUCACCCCACCCGCCCGUCCCAGCCUACUUGGCAACAAACGAGAAAUCCCCACCGCACGUCGACAGAACCUUGUACACCAACAUCGCGAACGCAGAAAGGGAGCUUGUAGAAUCAGUCCUCCUACCAAUCAGAUCAGGAAAAGCCUUGAAAGCUCCAGCAGGCCACAUAGUCCGCCUCUCCACACCACUCGGCCCCCAAGUCGGCGACCUCAACAUCUGGCACCUCCACAACCCCCGCGAACGCUUCUGGGCCGCACGCACACGCCAGCUCCACGCGAGUCACGUCACAACCUACGACAGACUGUGGUCGAAUCUCCCCUACCUGCGCCCCCUGGUGACUAUAAUCCGCGACAGCUUAGCACACUACGGCGUCGACAAAUGGGGAGGCCGAUGUCACGAUUUACUAGGCACACGCUGUGAUCCCUACGUCAACAAGCUUCUCUCUGGUGAUGAUUAUGAUUUCCAGUGUCAUAGUAAUUUGACGCGAGCGGUGGUGCCGUGGGGACUGACGGAGUUUGAUGUUCAUGAUGUGCUGAAUGUGUUUCAGGUUACGGGGUUGGAUGAGAGGGGUAGGUAUUUUAUGGAAGCUAGUCCGGCGAGGGAGGGGAUUAUGUUGAGUUUUUUUACGUGUCCGGGUGGCGACUUGAGUGCGUGGGGAUGGGGAGAGGGAAAUUCUGAUGGUGGUGGGGAGGCGAAGAGUAUGCUGGACUGUUGCCGGCCGUUGAAGGUGGAGGUGUUUAGGGUGAAGGACGAGAGUGUGUUGGAGGGGUGGGAGGCGCCGAAGUGUCCGGAUUAUCGAGGGAGACAUGGGAUGGGGAUACCGGAGGGGGAGAGGCAGGGGUGA